ACUCUUCUUCUUCUUCAAGUACCUUCAGCUAGCAAGUUUCUCUACUUCUUCUUAUUGCAUUUUCACCAAAAGAUUAUUCGUUUAGAGUGAUUUUAUACAAUAUUUUCAGUUGAAUUUGAAGAUUACGAUGGAGAAGAUAGAGAAGGGAAACAAUGGCGCCCCUAUUGGCCAAUCUCCACUGCCGAUGCUGCAGGGAUCCAGGGAUGAAGACGAUAUGCCGGCGGUGCGGACGGCGGAGCCCUUGGCAAGAUUGGUGCCAAUGGCUUUAUGUGUUGCGGCCCUGGUGGUCAUGCUAAAAAAUUCUGAGACUAAUGACUUCGGCUCUCUUUCCUAUUCCGACCUUGGAGCUUUCAGGUAUUUAGUGCACGCCAAUGGGAUUUGUGCUGGUUAUUCUCUUCUUUCAGCUAUUAUCGCAGCCAUGCCUCGCCGCUUCACCAUGUCUCAAGCCUGGACUUUCUUCUUCCUUGACCAGGUGCUGACUUACUUGAUUUUGGCUGCCGGAGCGGUGGCAGCCGAGGUGCUGUACCUGGAACAAAAGGGAGAUUUAGCCAUCACCUGGAGUGCCGCUUGCGGCACAUUCGCCGGAUUCUGCCACAAAGCCACAGCAUCAGUAAUCAUCACAUUUGUUGCAGUUGCUUGUUAUGCAGUGCUUUCACUCGUCUCCUCUUACAAACUCUUCAGCAAAUAUGAUGCUCCCGUCACCUAUCCAACCACCAAAGGGAUUGAAAUCCCUGCUGUUUUCCAUAUCUGA